CUAGACUCUUCAGCAAACCUCCAACAGUAGACCUCUCAGUCACAUUUCUCCUUAAAGUCGAAAUUUCAAAGUUAAGCAUUGGAAAGCAGUCACUUGCGAUUUGCUUUCCUGUCUGCGAAACUGUAAAAAGUCGAAGGAGCGACAUUUUUAAUGUUUUUGGGUCAUUUUUUACUUGAAGGGAUUCAAGUUUGCCAGUCAAGCUGUGCGCCCUCACAGGCUGUCACUGCAGUCUUUGGGCACAUAAUUUGGAUUUAGAAAGAAGGAUUUUCUCCUUUUUUUUUUACUGCGAGAAGCGGUUCUUUAAUUUUUUCGCAUGAAUCUCCUCGACCCUUACCUGAAGAUGACAGAAGAACAGGAGAAGUGUCACUCUGACGCUCCCAGCCCCAGCAUGUCCGAGGACUCCGCGGGCUCGCCGUGCCCGUCCGGGUCCGGUUCGGACACUGAAAACACCCGGCCGUCCGACAACCACCUCCUGCGGGGUCCAGACUACAAGAAGGAGGGCGAAGAAGAAAAGUUCCCCGUGUGCAUCAGAGAUGCCGUGUCCCAGGUGUUGAAGGGUUACGACUGGACGCUGGUGCCCAUGCCGGUGCGCGUCAACGGCUCAAGCAAAAGCAAACCUCAUGUCAAAAGACCCAUGAACGCGUUCAUGGUGUGGGCUCAGGCUGCACGGAGGAAGCUGGCCGAUCAAUACCCGCAUCUGCACAACGCGGAACUCAGUAAAACCCUGGGUAAACUUUGGAGAUUACUCAAUGAGGUAGAGAAGCGCCCGUUUGUAGAGGAGGCUGAGCGUUUGAGAGUGCAACAUAAGAAGGAUCACCCCGAUUACAAAUAUCAGCCAAGGCGGAGAAAAUCAGUCAAGAACGGACAGAGUGAAUCCGAGGACGGCGAGCAAACCCACAUCUCUCCAAAUGCGAUCUUCAAGGCGCUGCAGCAGGCCGACUCUCCAGCGUCCAGUAUGGGAGAGGUGCACUCUCCAGGAGAACAUUCAGGUCAGUCACAGGGCCCACCAACCCCUCCAACCACCCCUAAGACAGACCUCCCCUCCAGCAAGGCUGACCUGAAACGUGAAGGGCGCCCCAUGCAGGAGGGCACUAGUCGCCAGCUAAACAUCGACUUUGGUGCUGUGGACAUUGGUGAGCUGAGCAGUGAAGUCAUCUCCAACAUGGGAAGCUUCGAUGUUGAUGAGUUUGAUCAGUACCUGCCACCUCACAGCCACGCUGGAGUGGCUGGUGCAGCCCAGGCAGGCUACACCAGCAGCUACGGCAUCAACAGCUCCUCCGUCAGUCAGGCUGCCAGUGUUGGAGCCCACGCCUGGAUGUCCAAGCAGCAGCAGCAGCAGCACUCUCUAACCACCCUGGGUGGAGGAGGAGAGCAAGGCCAGCAGGGACAACAGAGAACCACCCAGAUAAAGACCGAGCAGCUGAGCCCCAGCCACUACAGCGAGCAGCAGGGCUCCCCGCAGCAUGUCACCUACGGGUCCUUCAACCUACAGCACUACAGCACCUCCUCUUACCCCUCCAUCACGAGAGCACAGUAUGACUAUUCAGACCACCAAAGUGGUGCCAACUCCUACUACAGCCAUGCAGCUGGCCAAGGCUCCAGCCUGUACUCCACCUUCAGCUACAUGAGUCCCAGCCAGAGGCCGAUGUACACCCCAAUUGCUGACACCACCGGGGUGCCGUCUGUGCCGCAGACCCACAGUCCACAGCAUUGGGAGCAGCAGCCCAUUUACACACAACUGUCCAGGCCCUGAGUAGGCAGUCCCAGCACUGACUGUAUAACACCCAUCACAGACUUUUUUCUGCCCGGUGGUCUUUUCACCACCAUGCCACACAUCCUUCAUUGCCAACAGAAAAACAUGACAAGAACUUUUUUAUAGUUCUGAAAAUAUAUCUUUGGAUUGGCUCACAACAGUGCCUUUUGUAUUGGUUGGAAUUGUGAUUAUAUUUUUUUAGAUAUAAUGUUUAAAAAAGUUAAAUCCUCUGUGAGGACAUACUGGCUAUAAAUAUAUUAGUAUGUACUGUGUAUGUGUUCUGCUCUUGUCAUUAUCAUCAUAAUCAGUGUCAUCAGCAUCCUCAUCGUCAUGAUUUGAAGGUUUACCUCAUCUAAAGGAGCAGGAAUGCUGGGUAAAAACACCCUCAGUGGCCUUACUUCUCACUAAUGUAUUUUUGUACAGGAAGUAAGAAUUGUGUUUACUGACACUGCCGUCUCAUAAUACAUUCUGCAUUGAAUUUUUGUACUGUACAUAUUUUUAUUGUAAUUCCCAUGAGAUGCAAUUAUUGAGCAAUGCAGGUUUGAAAUAGAUUAGAAUUUUGGCCAUGAUAUGACUGUGUCAUCGGUGAAUUAGUCAAAUAUUCUACUUCUUGUUUGCUUUAGCUCAAAUUAUUGUGUUGAAAACGCUAUAACAGGUGCCAUGUAACUCUUCUAGGGGCCUUACUGUGUUGCUAGAUGUAACAGCAAUGCUUGCUUUUAUCUGAGUAUCUGCCUUGAUACCGUUGGUGCCUCUGGAGCCGCAGCAGUGGGGCUUCAUCCACUGGCAUCGCAGUGUGAAAACUACAGCAUAGUUCUGAUUUCCUGCAGGAAAACCUUUGACCUGAUUCUUCUCAGCUGCCAUCAGGUCCGAGGCUGGUGUGCUUCUAUCAUUCCUUCCGCCUCAUCCUUUUUCCUAACCUUUUUCUUAAUUUAUUCUUUAGCAUUAAUUUUAUUUGAAAAUAAAUAUUUGCAAUUAUCUUUUUAAUUUAGCAGCAGCUAACUGAGUUGAAAUAGGUUGCUGUCAUAUGUGGUACAUUUUGUUUAUUUAUCAUUUGUAAAUGUUUCCGUAUAAAAGUUUCUUUUAUUUCUGAUCUAGUUAUGUACAGAAUACUUAUAAUUACAUGAUGAAUCUUUCUCUAAAAGAUAAAGAAAAACUGGACGUUUCCUCUCUUUAUUUCUUUCUAACAAAUGACUUAAUGGAUAUGAAAGCCGCUGUUUUGUAAAGAAUUUGCUGGAAUCAACAGGAUACUUUUUGUUUUUGAAAAAAAAAAAGUUGUGUUCCUCCUUUUAUAUUCUGUAUCAUUAGUUGUCAUUUUGUCAUCUCCCUAAUGCAGUUUCCCUAGGUAAACAUGGCAUUGUCUUAAAAGCUUAUCUUUUGUAUUAUAUUUGUUUGCAAUAAAAACAAAACACAGAGAAAUA